UAGACAUACUAUUUGUGUUUUGUGCAGGUCUUCCUUAGCAUCCAAUUAUUGUUUGUUUCUUGUUGGUUGAGACAAGUAGAAAAAAAUAGGAAAAAGCAUUUGGUGCAAAAUAAAGUGCAGUGACAUAUACAUAAACGCAGUUGCCUGAGUAUCAUCUUUCCUUCAGUUACUAUAUAUGUACAUACACGGAUCUUUGAUUUUUUCUCAUUCUGGAAUGCUGCAAAUUCUCUUAUGUUUCUUGGUGGGGCGAUCAUGCUAAUUUCUGAAGCUGAACAUCUGGAUGCUAAUAGGUUGAACAUAUCUCGCUCCUCUACCCCUCAACUCCCGUCUCCCUGGAACGUCUAAGGUGCUAAUUUCUUGUAUGGCAUUUAUACGAACUACGGACUGACAAUUUUGACAUCAGUAAUCCCCUUGUUCCUGCUCCUCAUUCGUGUACAUAAUGACAACAUUUAUUCAAGUCAUUAUUAAUAAAAUCGGUUAUCUUUGUGAUGAGAGGCUUUAAAGCAACAUCUUGUGAGUUGGUGAGAGAGUUAAUCGAAAAUCCCUCUCAUUCCUCAUCUUCUUCUAGAUUUGGGCCACGUUACGACUGUCGACAAUUGUCAACGAUUGCCCAAACCAUCGCGAUAAUCCUCAUCUUCUCCUCGAAAAUCCCUAAUUGCUGUUACUUACCGUGAGACGUGGACCCCUUGCUACCAGAUCUACAAAGCCACUGCUAGUAAAUGUAAAGAGAGUGGAAAAGGAGUGACAUUCCUGACAUAUUGUAUGUUAUCCCAUGAUGGCCACUGUUGUUUGUGUGCAGUCAAACGCUAUUAUCUAAUGUAGAAAAAAAGAAGAAAAAGAAUUGCCUCUUCGCUUUGGGAGUGUCUAUUUUAACUUGAUCCUACUUUCAUAAAUCUUGGACGGUCAU